UAGAGAAUAUAUGUAGGCCGACUAGAAGGCACUCCUUACAAGUUCAACAUUUUGUCUCACCGUCGACUCGCGACUUAUCACUCAAGACCGAGCUCAGCCGUCACCCUCAUCGCCUUGCCUUACGGAUACAAGCGGCCGAUAACUCAUUACAUAACGCACCCGGCGGUCAAGCGACUUUACUGGUAUGAGGUCUGAAGACAUGGACGCCGUGGGCAAGUCCCCAGAGAGUGACCUUGGAUUUGAGGCUGUCGAGACCCUCACGACGGCUCAGCGUAAGCGACUAGUGCUAAAGACUGACCUCGUAAUCAUGCCUCUUGCAAUAGUGUGCAUGACUAUUGCCUUCUUAGAUAAGAAUGCUUUGGGCUACGCCGCCGUUCUCGGCAUUAAGGAAGAUGCACACCUCAAGAACCAAGAGUACAGCUGGCUCGGCAGUAUCUUCUACUUCGGAUACCUCGCAAUGGAGUUCCCUACCCUGUGGUUGAUCACACGCUUUCCGGUCGGCAAGUACGUUGGUAUCUGCCUUACGCUGUGGGGAGUAUGUCUGUGCUUCCUGGCGCUCUGCCAUAACUUCGCUGGUCUGGCAACGGUGCGCUUCAUCCUUGGAAUGCUCGAGGCGGCGACGCUGCCAUGUAUGAUGCUCAUAAAUGCGAUGUGGUAUCUGCGCGAAGAGCAGCCGCUGCGAACAGCGUUUUGGCAUAACACGUUCGCUGGAGUUUUCGGCGGCAUCUUGUCCUAUGGCAUCGGGAAGAUUGGAGGUCCUCUCUCAACCUGGAAAUAUAUAUUUUUGAUUUACGGAGCUUUCACUUUCCUUUUCGGCAUACUAUUCUUCUUCGCAAUGCCCGACUCUCCGUCCACCGCAUGGUUCUUCAACGCCGAAGAAAGGAAGCUCGCCGCCGUGCGCCUUACACCCAAUCAGACUGGCAUCGAAUCUCGAAAGAAAUUCCAACGCAGACAGAUCUGGGAGGCGUUCAAAGAUCCUAAGUGCUACAUGAUCUGGCUCUCGGCCCUAGGAUAUGCUAUUGCUAAUGCCGGUAUCACAAAUUUCAAUCCUUUGAUCAUUUCUGGAUACGGUUUCGGAAAGACCAAGACCCUACUCAUGGCGACACCACAAGCUGCUGUUGCAAUGGUCGCUGGUGCAACGCUGACUGCUGUGUCGAUGUACGUACCGAAGGUUCGAUGUUUCUUUUGGAUCUUCGGAGCUGCGAUGGGCUUGAUUGGCGCCGUCAUGGUGCAUACCCUCCACUCGCCUGAGACACGAAAUGCAAGUUUAGCUGGCGUUUAUCUCAUGGGAUUCUACAAUGUGCCUUGGGUGUUCACGUUGAGCUUGAGUAGCUCUAAUACGGGAGGAGCGAUGAAGAAGAGCUUCAUGGGCAUCACUUGUGCUGUCAUGUACGCCGUCGGCAAUAUCAUCGGCCCUCAAUUUUUCAAGUCAUCGCAAUCACCCACGUAUCCAUUGGGCAUCGGCGCCAUGUUGGUCGCUUUCGCACUAAUGGCAGUUGCUGGGAUAGUGUACUACGGUCUGUGCACCCUCGAGAAUAAGCGCAGGGACAAAGUGUAUGGCGUCGCACAGGACGAAGCAGCAAUUGGAUUACAGGCCGAGAGGGACGACUUGACGGACGGACAGAACGUGAACUUCAGAUACACCUAUUGAGCCUCUGUACCUGAAUGAAGAAUACGACC